CCAAUGCUCACUCCUGAGCAGAUAAACAAACACACGUACUUGUGGAUCUCGUAAAUGGUCCAAUGGAACGAACACUGUUCCUCUUUGUUUAUACAAUGACCGCAUUGGAGCGAGAGGCCUCAGGCAGUCUUCUGCAGCAGGCCAGCUUUCCAUUCGAUGUUGGACUACCCGACCAGAAUGCUAAAGUGUUCCAAGUUGUGGAAGAAGCACCCAACGGAACGGAGAUCCACGGGGUUUCCGAGUUUCUUCAGAGGGCUCUGAACUUUGGCCAAGACGCCUACAAACCAGGCUCCGAUUUGGAUUUGAGUUUUCAACUGCUUGGUGCACAAGGUGGGCUCACAAACGCAUUGCAUCUGGACCCACAUUCAGGCAAGUUGACGGUUGUCGGUCGCAUAGACCGAGAAGCGCUGUGCACAAAGUAUCCAGACAAGACUUCUUCCUCCCUGACGAUCGAUGCGAACACGUAUCGGCAACAGUAUGCGAAUUCAUUCAGUUACAUUUCGCCUCCAACUGAGGAAUGUGUGAAAAAGUUGGAGAUUAUCGCUACGUUAUCGUCUGGUUCAAGGCAGCCGGAGAUGAAGAAGCUGACGCUGUCGCUCAGCAUCGAUGAUAUCAAUGACAAUAGUCCUCAGUGGCCGCAACUGGUUCGGACCACAGGUAUCGGACGAGAACAACAGUUGCCAGUAAUUGAACUUCAGGUUUUGGAAAGUCCUCGGAAUCCAAAUGUCCAUGUGCCUCAGCAGGCAAGACUUCAACUACCGGGGGCUCAUGACCCCGAUGCUGGACUGAACGGCCGCGUGACCUACCGAAUCAGCCCGGUGCCAGGUGACAAUCAAUAUUUGCAUUCCGCGGAUGCCUCCACACAACCACUCCCAUUUAUUUUGGAAGAGGGAGCAUCGGGGACGUUGGAACUGGUUUCCACAACCAAUAUGGAUUUCGAAAAGCAGCCUUUGUACGAAAUGUACCUGAUAGCCUCAGACUCUGGAAAUCCGCCACUCACCUCGACGGCACUGGUCAAGGUCCACCUUAUCGACGUGAAUGAUGAAUCUCCGGUAUUCGAACACGAAGUUUUCUACCCUCCAAGUGGAGCUAUAUCAGAAAAGACAGUUCCAGGCACGUUGAUUUUAAAUUUGUCUGCGGCAGAUGCUGAUGCGUCCCCGGCGAACAAUCGGUUGCGGUAUCUCAUGUUACCGAAUCCGGCGGCGACCAAAUACUUUAUCGUCCAUCCAGACGGACGAAUUUCACUCCGGCAGUGGCUGGACUACGAAACAAUGCCGUCCAGUCCAACGACAAUACAAAUUCCAGCAGACACAAACCAGGUGCGUAAGCAGUUUGUAUUUCGAGUUCAGGCUGUCGAUUCGGCACCUACGCCGUACGAGCGGAAAGGCGAAGCGACGGUUGUUGUGCCGGUCAUUGAUGAGAAUGAUGAGGCUCCGGUCAUCAAUCCACGUUUUUUCGGCCCUCCAGAGCUCACAAACCAUGGAGUUUUGGGUGUUGUAACCGAAAAUGCCGUCGCACCGGUUCGCUUGGCCUACAUUCAAGUCAGAGACCCAGACUUCAAUGGCAAGGACAAAGUUUCGUGUCAGCUGACAGACACUACAAACUUCUCCCUCGUCCCCGUGCGUUCAAUCAACCUGGCUGAUUUGUCUUACACUACUGGAGAGCAUGAUGACUCGAACAAUGAUUACAUGCUUACUUUGUUGAUCCAACCUGACAGAGAGCGUACCCCUGUGUUGCAAGUGCGGAUAAAGUGUCUAGACACCGUAGGGAACUCCAAUGAACAAACCCUUCGAAUCCGCGUAUUGGAUGUCAACGACGAAGUGCCUACCUUCACAAAGUCCAUCUAUCGAUUCAGACUGUCAGAGAAUACCGAUUCAGACAGUACACUGCCAGUACGAACCCCAAACGGAUCCUUGGUGCCAGUAGGCCAUCGAGUCGGUAAAGUGAUUGCUCAUGACAAUGACCUCGGUGAAAAUGCUCAUAUUAUCUACCGAUUAGCCCCUGAUCGAUUAGAGAUUACACCGGCGAAUACGGCAGAAAAUCACACAUUUUUACACGGAACAGAUAGUUCGAUUCGAAAUACUUUCACCUACAGUAGUUCAUCAUUGAUUGAACAGAAACCCACCGUUGAGGACCUUUUCCGAAUCGAUGAACAAACCGGGGUUUUGUACGCCCUCAAAUCAUUCGAUGCGGAGAAUGUGGCCGUGUUUCGUCUGAACGUGCUUGCUGUGGAUCAGGCAAAAGAAUCGGUUGCUUUGACUGGAACAGCUGAGGUGGAAAUCCGCAUAACCGAUGUGAAUGAUUGGCCACCGGUAUUCUACAAAGCCAACGUGACAAAUGAUGAGGAAGCGAGCCAUACGGCGGCACACUCGGCUCCUGUGGAAUACGUGAGCAGCUAUGUGUUCCACGUUAGAGAGAAUAAGCCUCCUUACUGGCUGGUGGGUAGAAUUGCAGCUAUCGAUCCGGACAUUGGUCAACGCGGUGCGAGCGAUAUCCCCACUACCGGUGUUCAAAAUUCACAGAUUAGUCUGCAACUUGCCGCAGAUUCAGAACCGGAGCUGCGUAAAACUUUCAGUGUGCAUUCCACCAGUGGCUACCUGAGAACACGUGUGUCGUUAGAUCGAGAGAAACAAGCCGUAUAUGUGUUCAAUGUGGUCGCGUGUGACACAGGGAGUGAGGCGGGUCAGGAAAGAUCGGCGACAGCCACAGUGACUGUAUUUGUUGAAGACGAAAACGAUAACGACCCGGUAUUUAUUCGUCCCGUGGGUGCUGUCAGCAGAGCCGCAACGACGGGAGAAUCGAAGUUGGACAGUCCCUUGACAGUUAAUCCUCUGGCGCAAAAGGAUUCGGCGCAAGCCGGUGGUGUUUCGGUGAGACGAGGGGAGGGCAGUUUGAGUUUGACAGAGGGAACACCACCACACCAGUCUCCGCUUGGCAAUCGGAGAACAGACAGCCAGGAUGCAGGUAUUCCCAUUGUUGUCGUGCAUCGGAACACAUGGUCGCAAUAUUUGGACAGAGACGGAAAUCCUACAACCAAUGGGAGGCCACUGCUACAAGUGGAGGCGACCGACGCAGAUUCAGGUGAAAAUGGUCGUAUCACCUACCGAAUCGGUGCCGGAAAUCCGGCCGGAUUUUUCACUUUGGACAACGUCACUGGGAUUUUGAUGAUCUCGCCAAAGAUAGCAAUCGAUCAACAAAAUACUCAAGCAGGUUCGUCCGCUCAAACAAACAUAGCCGAACCUCCCACUAUGACAAACAGAGAAUAUCGACUGUUGUUUGAGGCUUGUGAUCACGGAGUACCGAGGCGCUGUGCGACACCAAUCUGGGUCCGAUUGCUUCUCGAUGUCGAUGAAAUGUCAAACUUGGUUUCACGUGACCAGCUGCCUGCUCACAUGACUAAUGAAUACAUUUACCCAGAAUCCUUGGGCCCACUCACCUCAAGUGGCAACAAACUCAAAGAGGAUGGUUCACAAAAUGCCGCGGGGGCGAAAAUGGUUCAAGCAAGCGGUGGUCUGCCUGAGAACAGUCGCAUCAAAUAUUCCGAAGGUCGAGCUUGGUCGUCGGGCGGCAGAAAUCCAGUAGACGGUUACUACCGUUCCGACGGGCUGUCACGUGAUCAACUGGACAAGUACAACUGGAAUAUGGAUGGUGUGAUUCCCAACCGAAGGGUAUAUGUCGACGGCGAUGGAAGAAGUCUGCGGGAGUUUAACCAUGCACCUACAAGUCUAGUUGUUAGCGAGGCGGUGAUCAUAUGCCUUGUCGUAGUUUUCAUCGUCCUUUUGUGUGCAGCUGGCAUUCUUUUUUACUUGGUACGAAGGAAAUCGAUCCUGUAUACGGUUGGGGCUAGAGUCAAGUCAAACGAUCCUAAUCACCAAGUGCCUGUCGCCAAAGCAACUGACAGCAACGUGGUCUCAUUCCACAGUCAAGCCGGUGGUGAGCGCUUGGAAACCGACAAGAGUUCUUCGUUGUAUCGGGUGACACAAAACCCUCAUCCGGACGAGGGCAAAACUCCAAAUAUGACUACGACGGACAGCUCGAAUCUCACAGGUACGCAAGGUACCCCUGCAGAAGUUAUGAGCCUCCAUGCACUGCUACGCCGAAAUUCGGAGCCCCUUCUGGAUCAAGGCUCGAACAGUUCAAGACUGGCCAGUCUCAAUGAGUCUAUCUACAUGUCACGUGCAUUCAUGCCAUCCAACUUUGCCCAGCCCGUGGGGAACACUACCAAUAGCGGCUUCUGUCAAGGUGUGGCACGCAAAAGCAUCCCGCAAAGUCCUCUCGCUAAGAUGGUAACGAGGUCGAUAACUCCAUUCUGGGAACUGACCUCCGGUACGGACAAUCGGGUCAAUGGAUGUGUCGAACAGCCGGGCAUGACCGAAUCUACCAUAUGGAAACCCGUCAAUCCCAACUCGUCAAACACAGUUUACCACAUGGGUCCUCAGGUGUUUUCAAACCGGCUCCCUCUUCAUUCCCCACCAGAGGAAUCCAGGUAUCCUUGCGAAAAACUUACAAAUGCUGCUUCUUAUCUGGGCGUCUCUCCACCUCCAAGACAGGCGGGAUUUCACCUUCGGGGUGAUUCUUUGCCGGUCUACGCAGAACAACUCAGCCCUCGAAUGUCCACAUCCGGAAAAUGGCCCGCUUUUCACCCCGUUUUGGAACAUCAGCCCUACCAGGAGUUGGCCAACCUGACUGCAACACUUAGGCGGCACAACUAUCCUACGAGGUCCAACACUUGGAUACCACAAGACAAGGUGUUCAGCAACACUUUACGUUCCAAUUCGAACGCGUAUGGUCCACUCCAUCCAUCAAACUAUGUCCUGACGCCACGAUUCCACUACGCUAACGCUCAACUGAACAGUACCCUCGGGAGGCCAACGUCUCCUUCUGCACAUCCCUCCAACCCAGUGCGAUUCUACCGGCCUCCUAGUGUUUUAUCUAGGCGCGAUAACGGUUGCGAAGCGGAAGAGCUGAACGAAAACGAAGAUCUGAAACUAUCGUCCAGAGAUCUUGACUACCAGAUGCCCGAUAAAGGUGACGACUGUAUAAGUCCAACGGAUAUUACCAAACGAAAACGCGCUCGUGUGCUGCUGGCCGACUUUGUUGAAUGUGAUCAGGUGGUUGGAACGAUCGAUAACGAUGCUGAACAGCAAGAACAACAUGACCUUGAAAAUCCCACAUUUGUCGAGUCUGUUGACAGUCCCUCCCAUAAGGUCAACAGUCCAAGCUACUCUCGCGCCAAAUAUGUGUACGAUGCGUACAGAGAAGCCAGUUUUGUUUGAAAGUAGGUGAAAAUGAGUCAACACAUUGUUGAUUCCAUCCCUCGCUGUUAGGCCACUGCCGUUGAUCAGCUGACUCGACUACUAUAAAUAGAAACGAAACAAAACGUUCAAACGCUACCUCAUUCACGUGAUUACUGUUGCUAUCUUCGCACUUUUAACGUCAAAAGUCUAUAUAAAAGUUAUAUUUCAC